CGGAUUAUUACACACAUGAUACGUGCGCGCUGUGUUGUUUCGCCUGCCGUCACUCGUGUUCCAUUGCUAUCGCGGCUCUCGCGUUGGGAAGGAAAAAGCUGGCCUGGCCGUCCGGAGUCGUCCGACGCACGCGUUUUGCGAAGAGCUAUUGUUUCGUGUUUCGUCGAUUGUUGCUUCAGUAAAGUGAUUCCUUUGUAGGUGAGCGUGUACGUGUUUGUGUGUGUGCUUAAUCAAUCUUCUUCGUGAGUGAUUUUUGAUGAGUUGGGCGCAAAAAAAAAGGUUGAUAAUAUGCAGAUCACGUUCCGCUGGAUGGAUGGAUCAAUGUAGGCAAUGCGUUACCCGAAUGCGUCACCCAACCCAACACAGCUACAGGUCGGCGGGUACGCAGUAGUGUGAAGUAGUGAAGCAUAACGGGGUAGUCGCAAUAGUAAAGGCAGUUGGUGCACGAUCGUAUCGAUCGACGCACAAAUCCGUCCCGCAUUGCGCGCGUGUGUGUAGUGUCGUUGUGCAAAUGUGAAACAAAAGGUAGAAGAAAAAAGCAACCACGAGUAGUGAGAAGAGGAAAAGCCACGAGGCACGGCUGGUAGCACUAAUUUCCAUAGUGGCGCAUCCAGUGUGGAAAAAGUUAAGUGGAUUAACCAGUCUGUCCGGUUUUUGGGCAGUGUGUGACGUCAUUGGUGGCACCAAGUGAGUCCCACAAUUUUCCAUUGCAGUGUGUGCGUGUGGUGCAGUGUGAUAAAAGGAGCGUGUGUUUCGCACACUUGCUGGAGAAAAAAAGUGUUAUAGUGAGUCGAAAGUAGUGAGCCACACACAGGUGAAAGUGAGACGGCGAGCUCAUCUAAUCGAUCUAGUCACCUGUGAGACCAGUGUUGGUUGGUAACGCACGAAAGAGAGAAAGCUGAGCGUCUAGCGAAGCAGGCUAAAACAGAAGUGAGAUAGGUGAAACCAAAUCAGUGUGCAAACCGGAUCUGUUCCCUACCGUGUGUGUCUCUGCGUGUGUUUGUGUGUGCAAAAUCAGCUGAUUUACGUGUACCAAAUUACACAAAAAGGCCCCGUGUGUGUUGUGCAUGUGAACGAGCGAGAGAAAGAGGGAGAGAGAGAGAGAGUGCGAGCGAGAAAAGUGAGUUCAGCUGAUCGCGAAUGUGUUUCAUUGCCAAACUCAUCUCACCGUAGUGAUCGGGCCACGGCAACACACCAACAACGUUCGUCAAUCUACCGGUUCCGGUUUUGCUGUUGUGUUCCGGUGAAUCAUUUUCCGUGGAUGUGAAAAAUAACACAGCAGAAAGAAGCGAACAAAAAAACUGCCCGUCAUGCUUCGAGCAGCUACGGCUAAAUGGUUAGAAAAUGAAAGAAGGUGACACACAUCCAGUAUCGAACGGUGGUGAAACUUGCAGCAGCAGCAGCAAAGCAAACCGACGCGUUUAAUGUAGUACGAAAAAGCAAUCAUAUUGUUUGUUUAGUUUGAACACAAACUGCAUCGCAUUCCGGUGCGCCGCGUUGCAUCGGAAAAUUAAGUAGUGAAAAGCGGAAAACCGAUCGAUCUUGAGCGAAGAGAAAGAACUACCACCGGCCAGGAACGAUAAGUGAUCGGACGGGUAAUAGGGAGACCCCCCUCCGUCCAGGAGCAGUGUACAAAUAAAUUAACCCUAAUUAAUCGCACUGGGAAGCGAAAAAUAACGCGUCCAUAUCCAUCCCACACCCGCCACCCGGUACGCCGGUGGCCCGCGGCUACACAGCGAGAGCAAAUUUAGAUUAAUUAAAUGGACGAUUCAUCUAACGGCGGCAAAACGACCGGCACCACUGGCUUGCUGAUACUGGAGCAGCAGCAGCAGCAGCAGACACAGCCACUUGCCGCGGCACCGAUGGCACCCUUGCCGAAGAACGCCAACGGCACCGACACAGCGGACGAACAGCAAAACGAGCGCCGUAUGGCACGGGAGAUGGAGGAGGCCAAACGGCGCAUGAAGAAGCGGGUAGAUUUCAUGGAAGAGAACCUCCCACGAAAGGACGACAGUGGGAAAGUGUUCGACGAGGUCGCUUUUCGAUUACGAUCGGACAUGAAAACGGCAGCACAGAAACCGAUCCGCUUGACCAGUGCUACCAUGUCGUGGGGUAGCGAUGGUGGACCCGUGUACGUGGGGAGUCCGGUGACGGAUGAAGAUUUCGAGCAGCUGAUCGAUAGUCGCAUGCAGGACCUGGAAGAUAUACGCUCUGAUUCGGACUCUGACUUUGGAGACGAUCAUGGUCUGCCGCCCCAGCGUGUUCCAGUAGUGGGGCGUCGUGGAGAUGCUAGUGCCCAGCGCGAACCUCCGGUGAGUGGUGGUAAUGGUGGCGGAGGUGCUGGGGCCAAUGUUGGUAGACAUCCGUCUGCCUCGUCCUGGAGCGAUGGCAGUAGUACGGUGAGCGAUGUGGAAGAGGAAGUCGAUCAUGAGCAGCAGCAGCAGCAGCCACAACAUCAGGACGCCAUUGUGAGGACACGCACUCCUACCGAGCGUGUCCCGCUGGAGCUGCCCUCGAUGGAAGCGUCCGGUUCGCCUUUCCGCAUGCUAAUGAGCCCGAUGUGCCCGAUGAGCCCGGGCAGACGGUCGGAUAGUAAUGUGCUGUUCGGACCUUCCUCGUUGCCCAUAAUUCUUCCCUUCCACGUGCGCCGCCGCUUGUCCGAAUGUCGCGAAGAGGACGAAGAGGACGAGAAGCAGCAGCUGGCAUCACAUUCCCCACCAUCAGCUACGGUUCGACCACCAGUUCCGAUUCCUGCGAUCGUUAUCGGGACGAGCGGUGAGGCGGCACAAGAAACGGAACCGUUAGCUCCGAGCACCAAGCCCGCGCAGGAUGAGGAAGCCGAAACGACCAUUCCACGUAAAUCGCGUUUCAUGGUUACGAAGACAGAGGAGCAGCAGCAGCAACAGCAACAGCAAGAGCAGCACAAACAACAGGAUUCGCCCAGCCCGAGUCCCCGGCUUCGACCGGAAACGGCCGCAUUGCUUCCGGUGCCGGCAUCUCAAAACUCUCAGACAAUCCACUUUCCGUGCAGCAGUAACCAGCAGUACGGCAGCAGCCAGCGGACAUCCGUGCAUUCUAUCUUCUCAACCGAGGCACCUCACCUCAACACGCCCCAUCUCGAUCGGCGCUUCUUCGAUACAUCACUGGUAGAGAUCCGUCCACUAACGCAAAGCCGAGGUUCACUCUCGUCGGCGACGGGUGCCGACACGAGUGGGUAUGAAUCGGGAACCACUACCAACUCAUCAUUGUCCCGGGAGCAACAGCCGGCGUCCGGGCGCGAACCAACCAAGAGUAACAUUCCAUUCGAAUUAGAUGAGGUUUGGGUAAAGCGACCGGACCCUCCGGUAUCAGGUCCCCCAACCACCUCCAGAGCGAAAGAAGAUGUGUCGCCGACGGGUGGCCGAGCUGCAACCCUGCCUGCGAAUGCGAAGCCCAAUUACGCUGCUUUCACAGACAGUCCCGAGAAGAAAAAGUCGUCACCCAAGAAGGCUGUAAGUGAUGGAAUCGAUGGCGCUGCUGCGUCCGGAAACUUCCAGCGUCCUUCGACGGCACCGGCCGCUUCCGGUGAAUCGUCGACGCGUGCCUCCAAAAAGCAGAAGAAAAGCGAGAAGGAAGCCAAGAAGCAGGAGAAGGAAGUAAUGAAACAGAAGCGCGAAGAGGCCCGUCGGCUCGAGAAGGAAGCGGCCAAGCUGGAGAAGCUGAACCGCAAGCACGAAAGCAUAUCGCGUAGCUCAGAAAGGGUCGGGUCUGGUGGCCGUUCGGGAUCGUUGGAGAGGCGCCGCAGUGGCGAAGAAGCGCCCGUACUAAACCAAUCGACCGUGCACGGUAUUGCUAGCCCGAAUCGAAGACCGACCAUAUUCGAUGUGUUCCGACCGCGGAAGGGUUCCGAUUCGAGAAAGAAGAAAGAUGAUGGAAGCAAAUCCGGAUCGGACAAGGAUAGUACGGGUAUGGGCAGUGGCCCUAUCAGUACUUCCGGUGGCAUUAUGAACAGCAUGAAGGCAGCGCUACACGUCGGUGGACGACACAGCCACCAGCAUCAACAGCCAUCCGCUCCGAGUGGAACUGCUGGUGCUGCGGCCGGUGCUGCUGGGUCGAAAGUGCGCGACGGUUCAGCACAUCCGCAUGCGGGCAGUGAUGCACAGUAUUACCACACGGUAACGGCUGUGCGCCGGGCCGACGUCGGCAAGUCUCCGAUGACGAAGGUGAUGGAUUUGUUUAGGCACCGUUCCAACUCGGCUGUUUCCGAAGCGGAUAAGCGUAAGGCGAAAGCUGCCGCACAGCAUCAGCAACAGCUAGCCGUCCAAACCGCUCACAUGCGAAGGGCUUCAGCCGAACUGGCAGAACGUCGACGAGCAUCGUUGGGAGCGACGCGAGGACUCCGUGCGGACGGUACGCUCGAUCCGUACCAUGCAGCGAUCCUGUUCCGUGACUCAAGAGGGCUGCCCGUAGCCGAUCCAUUCCUGGAGAAGGUUCAACUAUCGGAUCUAGAGGAAGAUGAGUCACAGAUAUUUGUCAAGUUCUUCCGGUUUCAUAAGUGCUACGAUCUGGUGCCGACCUCGGCCAAGCUGGUCGUGUUCGACACGCAGCUGCUGGUGAAGAAGGCGUUCUACGCGCUCGUCUACAACGGCGUCCGGGCGGCACCGCUGUGGGACUCGAAGCGCCAAGAGUUUGUCGGCAUGCUAACGAUCACCGAUUUCAUCAAGAUUCUAAAAAUGUAUUACAAAUCACCGAACGCGUCGAUGGACGAGCUGGAGGAGCACAAGCUGGACACUUGGCGAAAAGUGCUCCAGGAGGAUGUGAAGAAGCUCGUCAGCAUCGGUCCGGAUGCGUCGUUGUACGAUGCCAUCAAGAUGCUGGUACACAACCGCAUCCAUCGGCUGCCUGUGAUUGAUCCGGUCACCGGCAACGUGCUGUAUAUAUUGACUCACAAGAGGAUACUUAGAUUCCUAUUUUUAUAUAUAAACGAACUACCAAAGCCAUCGUACAUGCAGAAAACCCUCCGGGAGGUACGCAUCGGCAGUUACAACAACAUCGAAACGGCCACAGAAGAUACCAGCAUCAUAACGGCGCUGCACAAGUUCGUGGAUAGGCGCGUGUCCGCACUGCCGAUGGUGGACGCCGAGGGGCGCCUGACGGACAUUUACGCCAAGUUUGAUGUGAUUAACCUGGCUGCCGAGAAAACGUACAACGAUCUAGAUGUGUCGCUGAAGAAGGCGAACGAACAUCGCAACGCGUGGUUCGAGGGAGUGCAUCACUGCUCGUUGGACGAAACGCUGUACACCAUCAUGGAGCGGAUCGUGCGCGUCGAGGUGCACCGGCUGGUGGUGGUGGACGAGCAGAAGAAGGUGAUCGGCAUCAUCUCACUGUCCGACAUUCUGCUCUACCUGGUGCUGCGUCCCAGCGGUGACGGUAUAGGCGAUUCCGAAUCACUCCGUGCGACCGAUCCAAGGCUAAUGAAACCGGCCGCCUCAUCACCCGGCGGUGGUAGCGGCGGCAAACUGCAAUCAUCCAAGCGCGACAGCAGCAACGAAAGCAUCGAGGAGGAGAAGGAAACCAUCGAGGAGGAAGCGGCACACAAGACUGAACCCGUCACGCCGGAGGACGCGAAACAGGACGAAACGACGGAUGGCGGCGAGCAGCAGCAGGCAGCAGCAGAACAUCGCAGUGACGAGUCCGUCCCUUCCGAGCUGGCGGCCGAAGAGUUGGCCGAAGAAGCGAAGGAAGAGCCGGACGAUACGGCGGCGUCCACACCGAUCGAUCGCAGCAGUGCUAACGAUUCGCCCGUCGCCCAGGAACUGCUCGCCACCGACGUUCCGCUGCAGUCCGUCCAGCGGGAGGUGGGCAUGGUUAGCGAGUAAAAGCGAAACCAUCCACGCGUUCGAAGACGUUCCAUGAGUGUUGCGUGUGCGAUGGGGAGAACGAGAGAGAGAGAGAGAGCGCGCUCCUUCCAAUCUUUGCUUUCGAAGGGAAAAAAGGGUGCGUGCUUGUUGUUGCUACCUAGCACUUUUUCUUCUUCUUGCAUGUGUGUGAUAUCGGGUCUGUGUGAGAAGAGAGAGAGAGAGAAAGAAAGAAGCUGGCGGUGGUCGCGUUUGUCGCGAUGAUGGUACGGUAAACCGGUGUAAAGUUGUAGCUGUAAGUACAAAACAAGCUAGCAAACAAAUCCAAUCAAAAAGCUUCAGCAGUUGUGCGGUAGUAGAAAACGCCGACCGAGAGAGAGAGAGAGAGAGAGAGAGAGAGAGAGAGAGAGAGAGAGAGAGAGAGAGAGAGAGAGAGAGAGAGAGAGAGAGAGAGAGAGAGAGAGAGAGAGAGGAAGAGCAUUACAGAACGAAUGUGUAGAAAUCUUAGGGAAAACUCUAUUCAACUCUAUUGCCAUUUUUCGCAACGCCAGAAAACCAAACAUUCGCUUCGGCUGUAGACACACACAGAAACAGAGAAAAAAGAGGAGGAAGGGGGGGGUGAAGAAGCAUUGUGUCCAUGUUUGUAGUACUUUUUCCCCGUACAAUAUUCUCUAGUAGAAGGAGCGAGUGAAAAGCAGAAGAAACACACAAUUUGUGGAGGAAAACAUACAGUAGAAUAACCAAACGAGCGAGAAGAAUAGCUUCUUCAUCGAUUUACCGAUUUAUCUCAUAACAGUUUUUCUUUUCUUAACAACCCCCCCUCCCCAUACAUACACACAUAGUCCUUGCUCUAGAGGGACGUUAGGGCUUUAGUUUUUUUUUUUUUAAUUCGUUUCUUUAUUUUGAAAGAGGAAUAGUUUAUUCAAUUUUAUCUGAAUUCAACGAUUAAUGCGAAACGAAGGAUGAUGAGUAGAUGGGCGACUACUGAUUGUUACAAAAAUUGUACCAAAUUGCAGUAGAGAAGAGGGUGUGAUGUGUGUGUGUGUGUGUGGGGAUGUGUGCCUUAAGGGCAGAACUGAGUGUUGGCAUAGCAUCAAUUUUUCCCGGUUGUAGCUGUGGAGUUGUGCACGACAUUCGAUCCUCUCUGGCCCGUUGGCCCAUGCGCCCCCCCCGGCGCACCCACACACCACCCUUUGGAGAUAACUCAGUUGGCUUCAAACACUAUGGCGUGACUUAAGUGAUGGAGAGUUUUAGUGUAGGUUGGCUAAUUAUUGGCUCACAUUCAUGCGAGCAGGCAAAUGAAUCGUUGUCGAACGUUGUUGCGGUGGGAUGCAAAAACCAAACUUAUUUGAUAAUAAUUUAAAACAAAUUAUAGUCUAUAGAAACGAGUAAAGAGACGUAACGAAACGGAUUGCUGCAAAACAAACGCGAAGGAAUAAGAAAGCAAAAGAGAGAGAGAGAUACCAUGGAUUAUAAAACGUAAGCUGGAAAAGAAAGUUAUAAAGAGAAGGAAAAAAAAUACUACAACCACACAAGCAUUGUGAAUAGAUAGGUUUAUCUAGAGAAAGGAGAAAAGAAUUGUGGAAAGAAUGCGGCCGGAAAAAAUACUAUAGAGAAGCUAGCCCUAUAUACACACAAGAUUAGUUUCUAUAAUGCGCGCGCACUCUACUACACAGCAAUGAGAUGAUCAUCAGAUGUGACGCCCUGAUCGGCAAUAAUGGUUGGAUGGAUCCGUUUUGAGCAAAUUGGGCGCUAGCUUCCGAAUGCAAAUAAUAAUUGGGUGGGAAGUUCCCCUUGGAACACACCAGGCAAUUUAUGGUAGAUGCGUGUUUGCGCAAUUAUCUAGGUUUUGUUUUGUUCGUUCGUUUUUUGUUCGUUUAAAUUACUAUAUUGAUCUAGUUUCGGCUCUAUUUACAGAGACGAAGAAGCAACACACGUGUGCUGCUCGGCGCGCGUUCAAACGAAUCGGAACAAUCGAAAGGGGCAAGGACAAGGCGACAGCAAUGAUGUUUCCCCAUUUAGUAGCAACACACACACACACAACGGAGCAGGGGAGAGCACGGCAUAACGUAAAUUUGGUGAUACUGAUAUUUGGUGGAAUUUCUUCACUUAACGCGCGCUUAACUUUCCACCGAUUUGAGAUGAGAUGAGAGAUGGGCCGCUCUAGUGUACCUUACGAAGCCGCUUGUUUUCCAGCUUGGAGAGCAGCGCAAACCGUGUCGAUCGGUUAAGUUGUGUGCUUUAUGUAUAAAAAAAGAAGAAUAAGAACUCGGAAGCAGUAGAAGUUUUGCCUGUGAGCAGCACCUGCCGCCGGUGCGAAUUUUCCCAUGGCCCAUGGGGAUGACGACGGGGGUGUACGUACGUGUGUGUGUGUGUGUAUAGCUUACAAACAAAACCAAGAAAGUUACGUUGUUUCGCUAAGAUGAUUAAACAAACAAAAAAACCUAAAUGGAACGUUAAAUCGCGAUAAAACAAAAAUUAAACUAAAAAUCACACAAAAAAAACAAACGAUGAUAGCCUCAUGUAAA